CACACCAAAAUUUCAAAAUUUCUUCCUUAAAUCUUACCGUUUUUUUGAACAAAACAUAAAGUCAUGGUUGAUUUUCCACACAUGGGGCCAGGGCUAGUCGUCGGUGGAGUGGUAGGGAUUCAGAUCAAUGAUCCACGCGUUAAAGAGAUAGCAGAGGUUGCACUAAAACAACAUGCUGAACAAAAUUUGAUCUUGGCUGGUGUAGAUGCUGGUCAGAUCAUUAAGGGGAUCCCCGACUGGAACAACUAUUACAACCUUAUUAUCUCUGCCAAACAUAGUCCUCAAGAAUUUUCGAAGUUUUAUAACGUUAUUGUGUUACAAAAGGCUUCAGAUAAAUCACUGAAGCUCGUAUCUUUCGUUCCUCUUUUCUAAGCUUCAUCACUUGUAAUGGCUGCUAUAUCUUAUCCAUUAUGUCCUAUCAAAAAAUAAUACUAAUAUGAGAAUAAAAGUUGUCGAAGUGAGCAUAUAGCUCCGUGAUAAAUAAUACGUACUCUUUCUUAUUUUAAA